AUGGCAGUAGCACACAACUGCUCGACCAGCCAGCCUCUCAACCAGGCCGCUUGGGCCCUCACUCCCAGAGCCAGACCAUUUGUGGUAGAACCAGCACCCUACCCUUCCCCCGAACCGAACGAGGUAGUGGUGAAAAACCAUGCCGUUGCAAUUAACCCAUGUGACUACAUGCUGCAAGACACUGCAUUCCUGGAUUAUAUCCCAUAUCCCAACAUUUUCGGCGUCGAUGUCGCAGGCGAAGUGGUGGAAGUCGGGUCAAAUGUCACCGAUUUGACAGUUGGUCAGCGUGUGAUCGGACAUGCCUUUGGGAUGGAUAGCACUUACACUCGCCACGCUGGGUUCCAGCAUUAUACCGCUCUACUUUCGAGCUUAACCUGUCCAUUACCCGCCGAUGUGUCGUUCGCUCAAGGCUCCGUCGUUCCCUGUGCGCUUUCGACCGCCGCCGCCGCGUUGUAUCAAAAAGAAGACCUCCAUCUCCAACAUCCUUCUGUGAAUCCCAAACCAACGGGCAAGACUCUCUUGGUAUGGGGCGGUGCCUCUAGCGUGGGUAGUUGUGCUAUUCAGCUGGCUAAGGCGUCAGGGUAUCAGGUCGUGACUACCGCCAGUCCUCAGAAUCACGAACAGUGUCUCCGUCUCGGUGCAUCUAAGGUGUUUGAUUAUCACAGCAAAUCUGUCAAAGAUGAGAUUGUCCAGGCUCUGAGCAGUACGGAGUUUGUGGGCGUUCUUGACUCAAUAUCCAAGCGACCAACAGUGCAGAUGUGUGUGGAUAUUGUGCACGCGUUGAAGCAGGACAAGAAAGUCAUGACCACGAACCCAGUCCCGGAGAAUGUGUCACUUUAUGGCAUUGAGGCUAAAGCUGUGCUGGCAGGGACUAUUGUAGAGAAUGAAGUUGGAAAAGCUAUCUACCGGGAUUUCUUACCUGAGGCAUUAGAGAAGAAGAUCUUUCAAGCUACCCCAGAACCGUUGGUGGUUGGCCAUGGGUUGGAGUCAGUUCAGGCUGGAUUGGACAGAGUACGACAAGGCAUGAGUGCUCAAAAGGCCGUGGUGACGUUGUGUUUUAUUAUCUCGUCGAUGUACAUCGCCUUGUUCGCUGAAACCUUCCUCUUUGGCUUCAUCGUUCCUAUCCUUGGAUAUAUGCUCGAAAACCGUCUACACUUGGAUCCCUCCCAUACCCAGAGUUUGACUACUGCGCUGCUUACCAUCCACGGUUUGGUGUCCCUGAUCUCUGGUCCUAUUAUCGCCCACUUCGCGGACAAAACACCAAGCAAGAAGACCCCGCUACUUUUUGCUCUGACCGGGUGUCUCACAGGCACAGUUCUCGUCGCGUGCACUCCUUCACGACGAGUCAUUCAAGGUGUGGCAGGGUCUGCUACAUGGGUAAUCGGCCUCGCUACAAUAACGGAUAUUACGAGUAAGGACAAAAUGGGACAGGUAAUGGGCACCGCCAGAUCCUUUGCGUCUACGGGCGUCGUUGGAGGACCCAUGGUCGCUGGUGUGCUACUUCAGUUGUUCGGAUACUGGCCGGCAUGGUCUGUCCCUAUGGCGGUGCUUGUCCUGGACAUGGCUGCCCGUCUCAUGAUCCCAAGUCAACCUGCCAGCCCCUCCGAGUCACCUGCAUCUGUUCCAUCUGCCACGGAAGUUACUCCAGAUGAGACCACCUCUUUACUUUCUGGGUCCUCUGACAUCGAUCAAGCUGACGAAACUGGGCCAUCGGUCGCAUGUUCGGAGAAUGCAUCAAGUCGAGGCUUUUACAGCAUUAUGCUUCGCGAUCCCAGAGUCCUGUCCAGUCUCCUAAACAGCCUGACCACUUCUGCUGUCGUUGCUGGAUUUGAUACUACUCUUCCCCUUCAUGUGCGUAAUGCAUUUGGAUGGAAGAGCUUACCGGCAGGUAUGAUGUUUCUCUGUCUGCAAAUACCUGCCAUUAUCCUGGGUCCUGUGGCCGGGUCGAUUCGAGACCGACAUGGAGUUCGAUCUAUCACUGUCUCCGGCUGGGUUAUCCUGACACCGCUCUUUGUUCUCCUGGGAAUGCCCGGGGACGGUCGAUUCCCAUGGGCCAGUGGUGAAGCUGGUGGGAAGGCCAUUCAUCUGGCAUCAUUGUCCGCAAUUGGUCUUUUCCUCUGCUUGGUGCGCGGCUCGGGCGGUCAGCAAAUGUCAGCCCUCGCCAAAGAUCUUCAGGCCAAGAACCCACUCAUCUUCGGGGCUCAUGGGGGAUCCUCCCGUGUUUCUUCCCUGUAUGGUGUUUCUUUUAGCCUUGGAUUGAUGCUAGGACCUUUGAUCUGCGGAUCUUUGGUUGAUGUGGCUGGAUACUUUUACAUGAACGUGAUAAUGGCACUUAUCUGCCUCGUCAACGGCGCCUCAUCUGUCUUCUUCAUGGAGGGGAAAUCCCCAAAGAAUAACACUAAUGCCUCUGCUUAA